GCCUUUCCUGCUUGGCUUUGUCACAGCAAAUCAAACUUGUCCAAGUUGCUUCCUCCCAAGUUCGCAUGAUGUCGACCUGAAAAAUCACCAAGUGGUUCCCAUUUUCUGAUAUUUAGGCUUCAGCCUCUUCAUUUCAUACCCGACGUGAGGACGCUGUUUGACAGGAAAAACUACAUCAGUUUUCCGCGGGACGAGCUGUCUACGCCGCUGCAUCUGCUAACAGUGGCAAACAUGACAUCUUUCUCCCAACCUCCUGCCCGUCGCGAGGUCAGUGCAGGCCACUGACACGGGGUGAAAUCAUGGCAAUGACGUGAAUCUCGAGCUGAAAACCAUGGCAGGGUGUUUGAAGCGACAGAGUAACGCCGUGGGUCUCGGCCCGGAGACAUGGAGACCUGCCACUGCGGACCGCAGCUCGUUCUGUUGAGGGAUUACAUGUCGUCCGAGAUUCCCAUCGAGGACUCUGCCGUCAGAGCUGGAUGCUCUCAGUUGAUAUCGAGCUUCAAUGCGUUAUCUGUGGCGAGGGGCAAUGUCUUCGAUACCGAGAGUUCAUGA